AGGCGAGAAAUUAUUAGUACAGUGAAGUUUUAUUGAAAUUUAUUCAUGUCCACGAACUGCUCCGUACGCAUUAUUUUGGAUGAGGUCGUUCAGUUUUGGUCCUUGGAACCCAUAAUUGCAUAAUUGCAAAUAAAAAACUCGCCUGAAUAAACUUUAGAGACAUUCGCGAGUUCUGACGAUAGCAUGAUGUCAAUUCCGUUUUUUCCUCAAGUCGUUCACCUACGAUCCGACUUAAUAUUCACACCAUGCUUUAUGAAUUGGUUUUGGAAGUUCUACACUACAAUACACAUAUGCAUGGGUACAUAGGUGUGUGAGAUGUUUCAUGAAGAUAUCUGUGAAAUGCACACAGCAUUCAAAGUACCCGUAGUUAAGUUUUUAUAUGCUCAAGCUGACUUUGAUACCUUCAUAAUUGAAAAGAAAAUUUGAUUGUAUGUCAGCUAAAGUCUCUCCAUAUCCAGUCUUCUCAACCGCAACUCCAUUAUUUUGCCCAUACAAAUUUCUCUCAAAAGAUACUCGUAGCGUUUGCAGCGUGUUGGCGUUGGAGGGCAUUUUCCAUAAAUUAGUCAUGAAAAUUGUUUACGAUUUUAAUAAAGUGUGAAAACCCAGUUGAAUCUACGAGAAAACCCGAGCAUAAAAUGCUUCUCGUUAUAAUGAUCGUUUGAUUUCAAGAUUUUUUGUUUAUCUUGAUUAACUUUGUUCAGAAUACGGUUCGCGCGACUGGUUUCCAUUAGGGACAACAUUAAUCGACCUAUUUCUAAAAGUCAUCAAAUUACCACGUACUCUUCAGAGUCAUAAAACCUCGAUCGUUCAAAAUAUUCAAUGAAGUAAGGAAUUUGGAUUCGACAAAUCAAUUUUAAAUAAGAUCCAGUAGACUUGAAAUAGCAAAAGUUCAUUUUUGCUAGCGAAAAAUCGAAAAAACCUCAAAACCAGGGAUCUUCUCUUUUUUUCUUACAUUAUAUUUCAUGACGCCGUCACAUGUUGCCACCAACAUCGUCGGUUAGUUACGAAUUCAAUCGUGCAAUUUCGGCUAUCAAUUGUUGUGUAUUUAAUUUUGCCGCUAUGCCAACUGAGAUCAACAGUUGGUUAUUUAUUGCUCGUAUCAUAGCUCGAAGCAUUUUUAAGGGUAAUUAUAUUUGGAUUUUUCUGGCUGUCAAAAAUGAAUAAUUGUACAGAAAAUACACCUGACACGUCAAACAAAACUAUUUCCAACGACGGAAUAAAUGAGUUACUAAUUAAUGCUGUAAAGAAUAAACCGGAGCUAUGGGAUAAGAUUCACAAAUCGUACGCUGACGUUGGGGCAAAAAAAAAAAUUUGGGCUAAAAUAGCAUUUGACUUGAAACUCGGAGAUGCAUUUAUCAAAACACGAUGGAAGAGUCUCCGAGAUAGAUACCUCAAAGAGAAAAAAAAAAAUUAUCAAAAACUGAGCCACCGAGCGGAUGUCAAAAGUUCGUGGCAUCUGAUGUCGAAUUUGAAUUUUUUAAACGACACCGUCAAGCCUCGAUCGCAUACAACAACGAAACAGCAGAGCCAGUUUGAAAUAUUAGAAGUUGAUUGCCCAAUCGAAGGAAACUUUUUUGAAAAAACUUCAGAAAAUAAUGCUGGAACAGUUCUGGCGAUCGAUUCUACAGGUCAAGACAUCAGCUUCCGAUCAUUCGAGGAAGGUAGCAGCCACAUCAUGUGCGAAGCGUCUUAUACGAGUGAAUCUUCCCAAGACAACUGCACGUGCGAAUAUAUUCCAAACGCAGAUGAUCCUGUGGGACAGCAGCGUAUGAGAAAUUUGUCGCCUGGACCUGCAAGUAUGAUGAAUAUAUGGGAAAACCGACAUAGUGCGUCCCAAAAUCAAUCAUCUUCUCGACCAACUAAAACAAAACACACAGCUUCACCAGAUAUAGUUGAAAAUGGUAUAAGGCAUAAUACGUGCAAAAGAAGAAAAAAGGAUCAAGAUGGGCCAGCAGCAAAUUUUCGAUUAGAUGAUGUCGAGGAUAACUUUUAUUUGUCAAUCGCAAAAGAUGUCCAAACUUUCAACUUGAAAACUAGAAUAAGAAUUCGACAAGCCGUUUUAAAUGCAGUUCUGAGCAUCAUCGAGGACGACGAUACUAUUUAAUAUUUUAUAGCCCUCCACCAAUCUGUUUCUAUGAUUAUUGUAACACAAUAAACGAAAAUAUGAUUGAUAUUA